GGCCGCGGGGGAGCGCGGCUGCGGCAGCCCCCGCCCGCCACUGGGGCACGGCCGUGCUGCAUGAGGGGAGUGGGCGGCGGUCCCGGCCCGGGCAAUCCGCACCUCUGCCGAGUUUGGCCGGCCCAGAAGGGCAGCCGAAAGUUCAGCAUGCAGGAAGUUUGGAGGCAGCUCGGAGAGUAACGCGGCGGCGGUGGCCGCUGCUUCGCGUGCUCUGGGGUUUUGCUUUUUGUUUCUUUGCGGGGAUUGUGCCUUUUUUUGCCCCCUGCAUACAAUUCCUCCAAACACACAAGCAACCCGCAACAACCAAAAAGUCCCGUAAGGGGAAAGAGGAGAGGAGCGAGGGAAGCACCCUCGGCGGGAGAGCCCGUUUCUUCGCAGAGACACGGUCCCGCUCGCAGCUGUCCCAAUGCAACUGCUCAUCCUCCUCCUGCUCUACGCCGUCGUSUGUGCGAACUUCUGCAGCCGUCAGGGCACCACCGCCCCUGCCCAGAGCGGAUCUAUAAAAGCCCUGCGGGCUUCCAAYAUCAGGCGAGAUGAGAGCAAUCACCUCACAGACUUGUACCGAAAAGAAGAGAGCAUCAGCGUGGCAGGGAACGGCUGCAUCCACAGUCCUCGCUUCCCCAGCAGCUACCCCAGGAACCUCCUGCUGACRUGGCGGCUCCACUCCCCGGAGAGCACCAGGAUCCAGCUGGCUUUUGAUAAUCAGUUUGGACUGGAGGAACCCGAAAAUGAUAUCUGCAGGUAUGACUUUGUGGAAGUGGAAGAUGUAUCAGAGACUAGCACGGUUAUUAGAGGACGGUGGUGCGGGCACAAGGAAGUACCUCCAAGAAUAACAUCAAGAACAAAUCACAUAAAGAUAACCUUCAAAUCUGAUGACUACUUUGUGGCUAAACCUGGAUUCAAGAUAUGUUACUCCCUUGUGUGUAGCUCGAAAGAGGCAGAUUUUGCAAACACUCAGGAAAUGGAUGAUUUCCAGCAUGCAGCCUCAGAAACCAACUGGGAGUCAGUCACAAGCUCUGUCUCAGGGGUAUCCUAUCCCUCUCCAUCAGUGACUGACCCUACGCUCACGGCAGAAGCGCUGGAUCAGACCAUUGCUGCGUUUGACACGGUGGAGGAUCUGCUCAAACACUUUAACCCGGACUCCUGGCAAGAAGAUCUUGAGAAUCUGUACACAGACAGUGGGCACCAUUACCGAGGCAGGAGCUACCACGACAGGAAGUCCAAAGUUGACCUGGACAGGUUGAAUGAUGAYGUGAAGCGUUACAGCUGCACCCCGAGAAACUACUCUGUCAAUUUGAGGGAGGAGCUGAAGCUGACAAACGUGGUUUUCUUCCCCCGCUGCCUCCUUGUCCAGCGCUGUGGUGGAAACUGUGGCUGUGGGACUCCAAACUGGAAAUCCUGYACCUGCGUGUCAGGGAAAACAGUGAAAAAAUACCAUGAGGUGCUGAAAUUCGUCCCUGAGGCUGGGCAUGCCAGAAGAAAAGGCAGAAUCAGGAACAACAUGUCCUUAGUAGAUAUACAGCUGGAUCACCAUGAGCGUUGUGAUUGUGUCUGCAGUUCAAGACCACCCCGAUAAAAAAGGAGAACAAAAGAAAGAAAAGAAAAAAACAGACACACUAAAUGCAUUUUACUGGACAUUUGCUUUUAAGCAGGAUUGCUCUGAGGACCUUUACUCACUAAUCAUUUGAAAUUUGCUACUAGCCUGCCUUUGCAAUUAGCAAAAUCAUUGCUGUGCUGAUUAGUGCCAUGGCAACUAAACAGGUAUAUCAUACAUUUAUGUAUCAGCAUCCAAGAACUUAGGAUUGUGGUUAUCUGUAAGUAGAUUCUGAGGGUUGAGAUUUUAAAAGAUCAAUUGCAGUCCUUAGGCACACAGUGUCCAUUAAAAUUAAAUACCAGAUGUGUAGGUAUUUGUGGUAGUUGGCAAUGAAACAGCAUUGUGUUUGUUUUUCACUCAGCAGUUCCUACACUCAAAUUCUGCUCCCAUUUCUACCUCCUGGGCUUUCCUGAUGGCAGGUAAGGUUUUAUAAGUAGGUAUAAAUGAAGAGAGAAUUUGAGUCUGUGUGAGUGUAGAACCGUUUGCCCCACUCUCACAGGGAACUUCCCAGCAUUCUGGCCCAACAGAGUAAGAGAAUGCAGAAAAUCCAUCAUUACAUGGAAUAACACAUCAGUAAAGUCGAAUGUCAUGGUUUGUGCUCAAGCAAAUCAUGUCCUGAAAUUAGUAGAUGCUUUGCCUAAGCCAGGACAGUGAGGGUGGUAGGGGGGUGCCUAGGCUGGUACUUUGGCCUUGGUGACUCCAUCAGAACCCAGGUGCUUCCGAAAGAGAGGGCUCCUGCCAAGUCCCCAUGCAAAUACCUAUGGUCUGGAGCUGAUUUUGGUCACUCCCUACCUGAUCUGGAUUCCUGCCCCUUGCCCAGAGUCGCCCCACAGUUGCCCAAGAGGAGCCUCCUCUAUACAAGGGAGAGACAGCCUUUCCCUUGGAUUCUCCUCGCAGCAGUUUGAGGAGUGCCAUGUUUUCCUGUGCAGGAGAUGAAGAUAGGGCACUUGUUUGUUGAAAAUAUUGAUUUGUUUUGCAGUUGUGUUACUGGGAAACAAAACUGUGCUUGAGAUUURAUUAUCAUAAUUUCAUUUGGGGUUUCUUUAUUUGUUUGUUUUAAAUAUGGAGUACUAUAACUUUGUCAUGUAUGCAUCAAUCUUAGUUAUCUGAGGUUAGUUGUCUCAUUCCAGAUCUGUGUAUUGCCAUGGUUAAACUGUUGACAGUGAACUUUUUUUUGAUUGCAUUUUGCUGAAGCAUGUUAACUCAUUAAGCAAUGUCUGCCAGUCAUGGAAAAUGUGCAUCAUUUAUUAACUUCCAGAAGAAUGUUACUAAAUACCACCUCAUAAUAAAAUUAGCACUUUAAAAGCUACAGCAUAGCUUCUCAUGCCUUUUAAACUAUUAUGAAAGUGCCCUACCUGAAAAAGGAGAAAAAAAAAAAAAAGUCCUUCCAAACUAGCUUUAAGGAUUUUUAAAUGCUGCUCCAAAAAAAACAGGCAGAUUUAAGUCUGGCAAAGAAUUGGAGUUUUGACCAUGAAUGUAACAGAGGGAAUAGGGUGGCACAUUUAAUGGCUGAGGUUUUAUGUUUUAUGGUAGACACAAGCUGCAUCAAAUCAUCUUGUGUUCCCUCUUGUCUUUCUGUAUCUCUGAAAGUGAAGUAGGUUGGCAAUAAUGCAUUAUAAUCAGUGGAAACUGGCAUGUGUUAUAAAAUAAUAUGAGGCCUUCAAACCAGUAUGUUUUAGUACUCUACAGGUUUGUUACAAAAGCGCCCUAAUGUUAUCAUUUUCCUKCUUCAUCAGCUCAAGUAUUUUGUAAGUGCUUUUUGUAUAAUUUUAGCAAAACUUUGCUGAAAGAUCCCUUAGGAAUGUUGUGUUGCUUUCUUUCCUAUACUUUAACCUUGCAGAUUCAGAAAGUCUGGAGGUUUUAUUAUUUAUAUUAAUUUUUCCUCUCUGGCUCCCAGAUGUCUAUUUAAAAAUGCUCCUGAAUGCUUACUUGGGAAGUGAUUCAUCAUUUUUCAAAGCAAUUCACAUUAGAAGAACAGCCCUGUAACCAAAGAUUACAACCUUCAUUUCAUAGUUCAGGACUAUUUAAAGAACAUCUCAUUCUUUUUCUGUCUCUAGCUUAAUAACAAGAUUGGCCCAGCCCUUCCAUAGUUUUUAGCUAAGUUUGGAAGAAAUUUGCAUGCAAGAACUUGGCAGUACUUGGGUUGUUUUUGAGACAGUGCACUCCUGUGUGUAUCUGACUGAAUCAUGCCUGAGCAUGCUAAUUUCUUAGUUAGCAUUGGUGGAUCCAGCAGAAAAAUUCAGAUGCAAAGUAAGAAAAAUCCUCUUGCUUAAUGAUGGGUUUACUUUUGUAAAUAUAAGCUAAGCUUGUCACAAAGUUUAAAGUAUUACUCCUGGGACACUCACUAAUGAAUGGAAGCAUUCACUGGUUCCUGCUGCCAUACAGACACCAUGCUCCCAGCCAGUGCAGGAGGGUCAAGAAUGGGCUUUGUGUGGCAAUGUGGGCAUGAUAACAUACAUGUGAACUAAGAAAAACUAUCAAAAAACCCAAGUCCUGAGCUGCACUGACUCUGGUGAACCCAAAUACCAAUAAAUCCUUUCCUUUUUAUUUAUUAGCAGAAAUUGCAAAGGCAUAUUUCCAUAUUUUCUUACCUCUUUUGUCUAUGUAAUAAUGUUAUGUUGUUUACAUACUAUUUUAACUUAAAGAGCAAAGCUGGUGAAAACCUCAUCUAGUGCAGUGUUAUUGGUGGAAUUGGACCCCCCUGCAAUACAUUUUCAAAGGCAAUUCAGAGUCUUAAUUUCAAACCACUCAUCAGCUUUUUACCUACUAUAUUCUUCUGGGAUAGAGCCUACUUUCUCAAGUGCAAUCUAUGUAUAUUUUUUUGUUAUCUCAGUUAAAUACAGCUUUUCUAGCAGUAYUUUUUACUUUAUGCAGUAUGUAAUGUGUCUUAUCUUGAUGAAAAAAUAAAUAAUGCUUUUGAAAGAGGA